AGUCACACAUGCAUGGAGCAUCUUCCCUCCCCACUUACUUUCUCUCUCAACUCUCCUCCUCCUCCCUCCCUCCUCCUCUCUCCCUCUAUCACACACACAUAUCACCUCUUAUCUUCCUGUCUGUGUCGUCUGUGUCUCAACAUCUGUCUCUCUCACACAGACACUUACAGCCUCUUCUCCCCUCUCUGUCUCCCUCCCUCUCUCUUCUUCUCUCUCUCACUCAGACACGCACAAACGCUCGCGCAACCUCAGCUUCAACACAUACCACACAUUCAUGCCGACUGGCACCCAAGGACAGAGCACCCUCUCUCUCUCUCCCUCUCCCUCUCUCCCUCCGUCUCUAUCUCUCUCUCUCUCCCUUUCUCUGUCUCAGUCCUGCUGUCUGGGUCUGUGAGAGUGUGUGUGUUUCUGGGCUUCCCCGACACCGAGCCGAGCUGAGCUCACACGCUCCUGAGCAUUUGAGGACGAGGACCAGGAGGAAGAGGAGGGCCAUGGAGCACAGCCACAUCUUCACCCUCCUUUCCCCCCCCAACAGCAGUGCCUGGAGCCCGGGGCAGCAGCUGGCCGACACUCCCCAGGGUUGCCCCCUCGGACCACUACCCGUCAUCUACUACAGCGCCCUGCUCUGCCUCGGCCUGCCCGCCAACAUACUCACUGUCAUCAUCCUCUCCCAGCUGGUGUUACGGCGUCAGAAGUCCUCCUAUAACUACCUUCUGGCGCUUGCCGCCGCUGACAUCCUGGUCCUCCUGCUCAUCGUCUUCGUCGACUUCAUAUUGGAGGACUUCAUUUUGGGCGCGCCCCUUCCCCCCUCCCUCAACAAGGCAGUCCAGGUCCUGGAGUUCUCCUCCAUCCACACCUCCAUCUGGAUCACGGUCCCCUUGACCGUUGACCGUUAUAUUGCAGUCUGUCACCCGUUGAAGUAUCAUAGCGUUUCCUACCCGGCCCGCACACGGCGGGUCAUCAUGGGCGUCUAUAUGGGGUGUUUGGUGUCUGCGGCGCCUUACUACUGGUGGCCUGAGCUGUGGCAUGGUUUACCUGGAGGUGGUACAGGAAGUGGAGGAAGGGGGAGUAGUAGUAGUAGUGCUGCGCAGCAUGUGCUAGUCUGGGUGCACUGCGCGACUGUCUAUCUCCUCCCCUGCUCCGUCUUCUUCUCCCUCAAUGCAAUGAUCGUCAGGAAGCUCCAGCGCCGUCGCAGCUGCUUCCGCCUGCGCGGCUACUCCACGGGCAAGACCACCGCCAUCCUGCUCGCCAUCACUUCCGUGUUUGCUGUCCUCUGGGCACCACGCACCAUCGUGAUCCUUUACCACCUGUACACAGCUCCGCCGGCGUCCCCGGGUCCCGCCCGCCUUCUGCACCUCCUAACCGAUGUGGCGAACAUGCUAGCUCUCCUCAACACCGGGGUCAACUUCUUUCUCUACUGUUUCAUCAGCAAGCGUUUCCGGACCAUGGCGGCCACUGUUCUCCGGACGUUGUUCCGAUGCCGUAAGCAGCCGCCGCCGUUCUAUGCUGGACACAACUUCUCUAUCACUAGUAGCCCCUGGAUCUCCCCUGCCAACUCCCACUGCAUCAAGAUGCUGGUAUACCAGUACGAUAAGAACGGCAAGCCUAUCUGCAUCUCCUCGUGAGGGGGGAAGUGUGGAGGGUUUCCCUGACGACCGACCUUGAUGAUGACCCGAUUCUGGGACUCUUUGAGCUUUUCAAAUGUCAACAGACAUUUAGAGUGGAGGGCUGGAAAGGUGGAGGAGAGGAAAGGACGUGGAGAGGAGAGGUGAUGAGAGGUGGAUGAGAGGAGAGAUGGAGGAGAAGAGAGGUGGUGGAGAGGAGAGGUGGAGGAGAGAAGAGAUAUGUGGUUGGUGUAUGGAUAAGCAACAAUCUAUCUAUCUGAAGUGAGAGAAAGAAUGUUUGAGAACAAGAAGAAGAAGAAAAGUUGAGAAAUCAAGUAGGAAUGUUGCUGAGCACAAACAGCAGAACAGAACUCACAACCCAGCAACAGAGUGUUGAGAACCAUCUCUCCACUCGUUCAUGCGGAAAAGCAAUCUAACAGAUUGAUCAUUCAGCCUGGAUAACUGCCUGUCUUUUUGGCUGUAUUACUGCUCCGACAGUGUCUGACGAUGAGCUUUGACUGUGAUCAGGGAUUGAUAAACGAGCAUCAUGGCGGCUGCUUAUUACUAGGUUUUAUAGCCAGCCAUUUGUAAAUGGGAAUGGAGAGUGACAACUGAGGAAUUCCUCUGUGACAUAUCAACCUCGCUUUGACAUUGGGACGUUUUUGGUACUGUCUCUGUUAUACUGCUGUCGACGGAUGGGGAGGAGGAGGUGAUGAUGGAGGGACGGUGGGAGGAUGAGGGAGGCUCUGAAUCUGAACAGAUGGCCAUCAUUCAAUGGGAGCCCUCUCUAGUCAAAGAGUUCAUCACAGAGAUUCUCAGCGAGAGAAACCACUCACCUUUGAAGAGGUAUCCGUGGCAUAGACGUCCUUGUCCUUAGUGGUGGCCUUAGAUGAUUUGAUUCGUAAUCACUACCAUGUCCCCUGACAUGUUUUGAAACCCUGCUGACAUUUCCUGUUAAUAUAUAGUGGGUCUCAGAGGUGCAUUAGACAUUACAAGAUACUUUUUAUUAAAAAACGGAUCUGUGGAUGUUAAGAUGUUCUCAGUGAGUGAAUUCAUCAAAGAUGGAAGGGAUUGGGAAAGAUAACCAUCCAAUCAGGAGCAGUCUCACAGGUGUUGUUAAGGAUAAGUAGGAGCUGCCUGUUGUCAUGGUGAAGGAUUAUGGUAGACUUGACUGUUAGAUCAGUGUUCUUUAAUACCGAUCUUGAAGACACACACAUGUAGGUUUUUGUUCUAGCCCAGUACUAACACACUUGAUUCAGCGAAUCAACUGAUCAUCAAGCAAUUUGAGAGGUUGAAUCAAGAUGUGCUAGGUGUGUUAAUGCUGGGUUAAAACAAAAAACCUGUACACUUUGUGUGUCUUCAGGACCAGGAUUGAAGGAGGUUGUUGUAGACGCACAAAAAUAAAGCAAAACAAUUACAAUACUUUAUAAUUGAGGUUCCAUAGGAUCAGUAAUCUUGUAACCAUGGAUUCCACAAUUUUAAAAGGAGGACAUUUCUACCAUUUACAGAGUCUUCAAUUAAGUAUUGGUUGUCUUUGAUGAUUGUCUUAGUCAUAUUAGAAUGAAUGUAUUUGUGCAGCUCCUCAGACCCUUAACUUUAUAUCACUGACUAGAUAGUGUGUGUGUGUGUGUGUGUGUGUGUGUGUGUGUGUGUGUGUGUG